AUGAAGUUCCAGAACACCGUUGCCGCGCUAGCGACGACUGGCCUCGCGACCGCUCACGGCCAUGGCCACGCUCAUGCCCACAAGCGCGCUACUGAGAUCGAGACGGUUUCGGUCCCCGGCUCAGUUGUGUAUGAUUUCGUCGUAAUGGACCCGUCUAAGCCCGGCGGCCCUCAGUCGAUCAGCAUCAAGGAAGCCUGCGAGGGCCUCGCCAACCAUGAGUUUGAGUGGCUGGACGCUGCCGUUGCUGCUGCUUGCCCGUCUAGCAGCUCGAGCACUGCCGCACCCACGUCGACUUCCACGUCCGUCCCAACAACAACCGCUACCGUUGCACCUGCCAUCCUCCAGGAGACCUCGGCUGUUAUUACCCCCGCCAGCUCGACAAGCACAGCCGAGCCCACCUCUAGCUCCACCACAGCCGCUGCUGCUACCAGCAAGUCUUCCAGCUCGGGCAGCUCCGGUGCCACCGGUCUCACGGCCGACUUCCCCGAUGGAGAGAUUGAUUGUGGUCACUUCCCUUCGGAUUACGGUGCUAUCGCCCUUGACUACCUUGGUUUUGGUGGUUACUCCGGUAUCCAGUACGUCACCGUCCUCGAUGACCUGAUUAGCAACAUUGUGACCGCCGUUACUGGUGAUGAGUGCCACCACGGUGCCAUGUGCUCCUACGCUUGCCCACCUGGAUACCAAAAGUCCCAGUGGCCUGAAACCCAGGGUAGCAAAGGCGAGUCCGUUGGUGGUCUCGAAUGUAAGACUGACAACAAGCUCUACCUCACCAACAAGAACCACAAGCAGCUUUGUAUUCCCGGUGUUGGCGGCGUUCACGUCAAGAACAAGAUGUCCGACCAUGUUGCCGUUUGCCGUACUGAUUACCCCGGUACCGAGGCUGAGACCGUUCCUCUCGCCGCCUCCCCCGGUGCUAUUCACGACCUGACUUGCCCCGAUGGUGACGACUACUUCAUGUGGGGGGGCAAGGUCACCUCCGCCCAGUACUACGUUAACCCCAAGGGUGUGUCCACUGAGAAGGGUUGCCAGUGGGGUGACGGCAGCGAGCCCAUUGGUAACUGGGCUCCCAUUAACCUUGGUGUCGGUUACACCAAGUCCGGAAAGUUCCUGUCCAUCUUCCCCAACACCCCGACCACCACCAAGCCUCUCGACUUCAACGUUAAGCUCGAGGGUGACAACCUCAGCGAUGAGUGCCGUUACGAGGGUGGCAAGUUCUACGACUCCAAAGGUCCCAUCAGCGACAACAGCGGCUGCACAGUCGGUGUCACCUCCGGCAAGGCCUACUACGUCUUCUACGACUAA